AUGCUCAGUGGCCUGUUUAAGAGAAGGGACCGCAAAACUAAGGCCACAGAUGACGAUGACGACCAAGAAAAGAUCUCGGAGGAAUCUAUCCGAUCAAGUACUCCAACCAGUACCAUGGGCGAUUAUGGCAGAGACGGGUCUAAACCAGCAGUCACUUUGCAGAGAACUCCCAGCAAGCUUCAGAAAACGCCUCCUGGAGAGCAACAGGGCUCUGCUGCAAGACAUGAAAAUGGAAGAUCCACUUCACGACAAGAAGUUGCAGCUCCUCAAUCGCCGUCAGCAACUAAACAAACGUUUCAUCGCAUGGCCAACAGCAACAGCAGCAUCAACAACCUCAGCAACGGCCCCAGCCACGAUCUUCCUCGGCGCAGGGUACACGGGUACGAUCUCCAGAGGUGCUCAGGCCACUCACCAACAAACAAGAUAGAUCAAUACAGGAGAGACCUGAACCCAACCUCUCCCUUGUCAAGGAGCCCCGCGGUUCAUCAGAAUCCGCACCAGACGCUUCCGUUCACCCACCAGCGAAUCAAGCCCAGCACCAAUACUCAUCCUCCCAAACCUCAACAUACUCCACCCACUCAAGCAAGAAAUCAGCCAGUAUCUCUCACGCUGCUGACCCAGCGCAGCAGGGCCGUGAACUUAACAAUCACUAUGAUGACACCUUCGAGGAUCAGCACUCAUUAUCCCAUGACAAAGACCAGUAUUCAUCCAAACCAACUCGCUCACCUUCCCCAACAGUCUCCCCCGCAUUCUCCCAAGACCCCACUCUCGAAGAUGACAGAAGCCAGGAGCAAUCCGUAUCACCAUCCACUAGUAUCCUCCCUACCUGGAACGACAGCGGGCUGCGAGCAUACAUGGACGAUGGCAGUGAUAUCCGCGAUCUCCUAA